GAACAGACUUCACGAGAACGCGAGUACGGACUCGAGAAACGGCCGAAGAAUUAAAACAAAAAGUGAUCAUGUGAUAGAGUCAUGUGACCUUGCAACGUAAUCGUAUCCAUCAUGGCGGCGACUGGAUUUGUUUUCCACAGAACUAGAACAGGAUCGAAACUUGGCGUAGAGUACGACCAGGAAGGCCAGCUGAUCCAGGUGGAGAGCAGAGAGGAUGAGGACCAGAGCGUGAAGCUGGCGGAAAUCCUGGAGCUGCUGCUGGUUGCGGGGUACUUCCGGGCCCGCAUCAAAGGCCUGUCCCCGUUUGAUAAGGUUGUUGGUGGAAUGACCUGGUGCAUAACCACAUGUAACUUUGACAUAGAUGUGGAUCUACUAUUCCAGGAAAACUCCACCAUUGGCCAGAAAAUUUCCUUGACUGAGAAAAUCGUUUCUGUUUUACCAAAGAUGAAGUGUCCUCAUCGCCUUGAACCCCAUCAGAUCCAAGGCUUAGAUUUUAUACACAUAUUCCCUGUGAUCCAGUGGUUGGUGAAGCGAGCCAUAGAGACAAGAGAAGAGAUGGGAGAUUAUGUGAGAUCCUUUUCCAUUUCUCAGUUCCAGAAGAGUCACACCUUCCCAGAGGAUAAAGAACUUCUCCAGAAGAAAGACAAGGCUGUGAAGGCAGUUCUGGAUGUAUUGGAGGUGUACAAACCCGAGAGAAAGUACAGAAGGCAGAGGGAUGCAGGACUUCACCUGGAUGAGGAGUCUAGGGUCCACUCCACUUUGCUGGAAUACGGCAGGCGUUAUGGAUUCAGUAAGCGGUGUAAACAAAACAAGGAAGAAGAGGGGGAAAUCAGUAUGUCUGAGGCAGUGCCUGAUGUGAUUGCAGAGGUAUUGGAAGAAGACAACCUGCAGGCAGCAGAGGAGAUGCAGAUUAAAACCCUGAUGACAAGUAUGGCUGCAAUGGCAAGUGGAGAGGGUAAGCUGACUGCAAGUGCUGUAGGUCAGAUAGUUGAGCUCCAAUCUGAGGAGAUCAAACUGAUUGCCACAGAGUACGCUGAAAAGCAGUUGGAGCUUUCUUCAGAGGAACGAUCAGAGCGCUACGGUCCAAUGCAGCAGCACCGCCGGGCAGUCUUCUCACUAAACAAACAGAUUCAACAAAAGGUCGAGCAGUUGGAGGAGCUCAAAGUCAAACAUGCAGAGGUGAAAGCCUGCAAUGAAGAGGCAAAGAGGAGUCUGCUUGAGGCUACAGAACACUCAGUAAAACUGGAGAGCAAGAUGAAGUCAUUAGAAGAGAUAGAGGAGCAAGCAGACAGUGGCCUGAUGGAGACCCUUAGGGCGUUGGUGAUGAUGAACGAAAACCUCAAGCAACAGGAGCAGCAGUUUCGCACACACUGUAAAGAAGAGAUGGCCCGUCUCCAGCAGAACAUCGAAGAGAUAAAGUCAGCAUCAGGACAGGACACAGAGGAGGAGGAGAGGAGUCAGCUAAUAGACCAACAGCACAACUUAGACAGAGAAAAACUGCAGAAAAUCCGCCUGCUCAUGGCUCGCAGGAACCGUGAGGUCGCAAUCUUGCAGAGGAAGAUUGAUGAGGUGCCUAGUCGGGCUGAACUGACCCAGUACCAGAAGAGAUUUAUUGAACUCUACAGCCAAGUUUCUGCUACACACAAAGAGACCAAGCAGUUCUUCACUCUUUAUAACACCUUAGAUGAUAAGAAGCUCUAUCUUGAGAAGGAGGUAAAUCUUCUAAAUUCAAUUCAUGACAACUUUCAACAAGCCAUGUCAUCUGCAGCUGCCAAAGAUCAGUUCCUCAGACAGAUGGAGCAAAUAGUGGAGGGGAUCAAACAGAGUCGCAUUAAGAUGGAAAAAAAGAAACAGGAAAACAAAAUGAGAAGAGAUCAGUUGAACGACGAGUACCUGGAACUGCUUGACAAGCAGAGGCUGUACUUUAAAACUGUCAAAGAUUUUAAAGAGGAGUGCCGCAAAAAUGAGAUGCUGCUGUCCAAGCUGAGAGCUAAAGGAGCUUCCUAACUUUUUUCUAGUUGGUGUCUCUGUUUUCUUCAGCUUGCCAGAACAUUGACUAAAUACACAUGGACUGAUGUGUGCAAGAUCAUUGAACAUGGUUCUUUUAGACAGAGACACUCUUGAUGCUACAACGGCCAGAAUACCCACACUCUAAACAGGUGCCUGUCACAGCAGAUCCCAUCAUGGAGAUGAGUCAUUUAGUUUCUUUUGAGCUAUUUUAUGGAGUUAGAGCCUUUGUAACACAAAUAUCAAAAAUAACUAACGUACUUUGGAGAUAUCUGUUUACCCCGACUGUUGGUGUACUAAAACAAUUCUCUAAAUCAAACAAUGUCCUUGAUGCUGUUCACUUUUGCAAAGGUUUCAAAAGGUCUUGACAUGUAUGUUCCUGCUGAGUGCCUCAGGUGUUCCUUUCAAUAGCCAUUGUUGCAAUGAAAUUACUAUGUUGUACUGGAACUUGAUCAAUAAAAUAUUAGAAAACUUGCA